GGCGCCGCCCCUGCCUGCGACGCCGAUCGCGGCGCCCUGCCCCUCGACACCGCCCCUGCUCAAGCAACAAACGCGCGGCUGCGACAGGAGACACGACCCCUGCUCCUCGACGACCUUCUGCACGCGCGGGUGCCCUCUUUCCUUCCCUGACCGCAGCAGGAAGCAUCUCUCCCUUCCCUGAUGGUAAACUAUCUCGCUACUAUGCUUUCUCUCCUAUUUUCUUGUCAAGUGCAUGCGAAGAGUUCGACAAAAUGCCUAUGCCACGACAAAAUGCCUAUAUCAAUAGCAAGUUGAUGGAUGACCACGACCUGCAUAUCUAUCUCCAAGGAGGUCACUGGGAUAUACACAAAUAAUUUUGACUUAUCUCUGAAUACGAAGAAUGGUUUCCCUGUUUUUGCCACAGUGGUAGAGGCCAACUACGUGGCAAAAAAGCAGGAUCUGUUUUCUGCAUACAAAUUAACUGAUGAGGAUAAGGCAAAGAUUGAGAAAUUGUCCAAGGAUCCAAGGAUUGGGGAAAGGAUUGUCAAAUCAAUUGCACCGUCCAUUUAUGGCCAUGAAGGUAUUAAGACUGCCAUCGCACUAGCUAUGUUUGGUGGACAAGAGAAGAACGAGAAGGGAAAACAUCGUCUAAGAGGCGAUAUCAACAUCCUCCUCCUGGGUGAUCCAGGCACUGCAAAAUCCCAAUUUCUUAAGUAUGUGGAGAAAACAGGACACCGAGCGGUAUAUACAACUAGAAAAGGAGCCUCUGCUGUUGGUCUCACUGCAGCAGUUCACAAGGAUCCAGUAACACGAGAAUGGACACUUGAGGGAGGUGCUCUGGUUCUUGCUGAUAGGGGUAUAUGCCUUAUUGAUGAAUUUGACAAGAUGAAUGAUCAAGAUAGAGAUGGGUGAGUAUUCAUGAAGCCAUGGAGCAACAGGGUAUCAAUAUAUCAAAGGCAGGAAUCGUCACAUCUCUUCAAGCUCGAUGCAGUGUUAUUGCUGCAGCAAAUCCAAUAGGAGGAAGCUUGCUUCAGUGUUCAUGUAAGAGGUUCAGAGUAUAUUCCUCUACUUGGAUCAUCUGCAGAUCCAGAUUAUUCCUUUUUUGGUGCCUCAGACUUGGACCAAUGAAGGCUUUGAAGCAAGAGAGCCUGAGUGUUAACUGGGCAACUUCCGAAGAGUAUAGUUGUGUCAAGGCUACUUUUAGGCUCCAUCCUGUUUAGUGUUCGAUUUUAUUUCAGUUUUAUGUCGCACAUCCUAGAGUCUGUAAAUUUUGGUUCAACCUGAAUCAUGUGGCAAGACUGCGCCAACAUGAGGCUAUUACUCUGAUCAAACUACUGAGUAUGUCAUGGUCACCAACGUUUGUAUUUGAUCGCUAUCUUCUAUAACAAAAUAUGUUUAUUAGAUCCAA